UGUCGUUGUUGCUGCUGUUGUUGUUGUUGUUGUCGUCGUCGUUUCGUCUCACAUCCAACGGAAAAUUCUGUGGCGGUUGAGUUAAUCGGUGGACGACGAUUGCGGCGUACGGAUUUCUUGUAGUUUCAGCGAAAUCGUUCACAUUUGACAACUGGAUACCCAUGUAGAGAAAGAAGACGAUAUCAGCAAUGACCCCAUGCGACUCAUGCGAUCUGAACUAGAAAAUUAAGAAAUCUAUAUAAGGGAGUUCACUACCGCCGUGGGUUGCGACUCGUUACCGACACGUAUUGGCGGGAAGACAUGAUGGAACCGUUGCUCUGUAUGUAAAAAAAAUGCCAUCCGUCGCCCACGCGUCGGUUCCGGUAAAAACGCCUUUGCCUUUACGUGGCAAAAGGGUUUUCAUGGAUACAAAAAGCCCAUCGACUUUACUUCGACGUCAACUAGAGUCACUUGGGGCUCGGGUCGAAACGUUCUUUAGCAAGGACAUUUGGUGUGUAAUUACGGAUAAGCAGCUGCGAGACCAGGAUAAACGUGGCAUUGGCCUGCUUUCCAAGGUGAUAUCGCAAAAUAGCAGUACUUCAUCACCAAACCCUGGUGGAAAGAGGUCACCGUUUCUCAAUAGGACCCAGGCACUGUUACAAGCGGCCCAACGUCGGGAAGUUAAAGAGCGCGGUAACAGGAGUCUCUCCACGACAAAGAUCAAGGAUGAGGUCCAAAGCGUAGCUCAGGAGUGUCGACAAUGGGAUAUACCGCUUUUGUCGGUUAAGACGGCCCAGAAUAGCGUCGCCAAAUUGGUAAAAAAAUACCACCCCGAGGGCGUUGUGCCAUCAACGUCAGAAAAGAAGGCGUUGACAUCGUCGUCUGCUCUCCUUCGGAAAACUGUCAGUGAAUCCCAUGUAGGAAAGACCACUCGAAUAGAUUCCGAUGAUUUCAUCAAACUCGAAGACGUACGGCAGCUGCACAAGCCAGUCUAUAAGACCUUUUCGAAGAGGCAGACGUGGCCACAAGUGAUGAUAUCGCCGCCGAUGUCCGGCCUUGGAGCCACACUAAGCCCUUUUACUCCGGCAGACGAAUGUGAGCGUAUCGCGCGAAAGCGGAGAUUAAAGGAACAUACAGAUCGUACCGGGGAGAAAAGAUUAAGAGAAAAUGACGGCGAUCGAACGAAAUCACACCAAAGACUCGAUAGAACCUAUCCGACUCAAGAUUACUCUCGCAAACGAAAAAGCAUAGCGGAUACGAAACAGAGGUACUGUGAGUUGUGUCAAGAGUACUAUGCUUUAUUGAGACCCCAUUUGGAAUCUUCUGGUCAUCAGCGGAAAUCAGCUGGUGCGGUCAUCGAACUUCAAAAGAUGCUUGGCGAAUUUCAAACUGACAUUUUUAAGGAUGCGAUACCGGUAUCGACAGAGCCGAGCUCCCCGUUAUCGUCUGUGUAUGCCAAUUGCCCGACUACAACCUCAGUACCUGCCGCAGACAACAGAGUAAAAAACUCCGUCGUGGAAUUUAACGAAACGACAAGUAUAGUCCGUAGUCUUCCCGUUGAAAGUUGAUAGUGUUGCAAUGCAAACAGCUUAUGUAGAAGUGGAGGAUAUUAGCAUAUUAGGGAAGAUGCUGCUUAUUUAGGCGUUCCAGUCAGUCAAAAAAUUAGCUGACUGGUAACUCCUCCGCUUAAAGAACAAAUCGCAGUCAAAAAACCAUGGCACGACCAUCAAAACGUUGGAUCUUCGAGACGAGGAAGGAUCUCGCCAGUUCAAUUAUUGUUAACAACAAUGUGAACUUCUCGCAACGGGUAACCCGAUCAGUGCGAUUGGUGAUAGUCAAUAGCGGUCGUAUGCAUCGAAAUACGCUCCAUAUAAAGUUCGAUAUGAGAGGCCUAGUCAACUUCGAUGCGUCCCUCACGUUCAUCAGUUUAGCUACAAACAAGAGUAAAUGUACAUGAGAUAGUUUUGUAAAAAAAUAUAUCAUUGCUAUAUUGGGAGCGAACUACUAUGUUUAAAGGCUACAAUUUGAGAAAUGUAAAGAGUUGGAUUUUUUUUUGCGUUGUCGUUCUAGGAAUUAUAUGCAUCAUUAUCAUUGUGACUAGCGAAAAUUGGGUCGCCGAUGGCUAGUCUCUACGAACGAGCUAGCCAAUUGUAUGGAAAUCCAACUUUCUGUUAGUGCGUUCGGAAAGAUUCUAAAAUGCAAUUUAUUUUUCAUAAUUAUACGUAUUUGUUUAUAUUUAUAUAUAAAUUAUUACCAUUGCCAUUUUUCAUGAAGAGCACAUUUUUAUGUUUCUGUUCUUGAGACAGUGCGCGGAUCAGUGGAAAAAUUGCGGCGUUUCGGUCGUUCGUUCCGAUAAAAAACUUGCAGAGGUGAAUUGAAGUUUGAAGCAAAAAGUAGACAUGCUUUUCAGUAAUCACUUCGUUGAAAUGUUCAUCUAGGGCGUAUUUUAGAGUAGAAUCUACGAAGGAAGAGCAAAAUUAGUUGUUGGGAAACGGAUUUUUCUCUAAACAGAAAUUAACUAGGCAGACGAACAUCUUAACGAGUCAUUCGAUGUACAUUACUCCUGAAUUAAUAGUCUCAACAUUUACUUUUUUUCAAGGUAAUGAGUCCGGUCGUUUUUGUUAGUAAACAUUGGCUAGAUUUCCUUGUCAGCCUGCGAUCGAAACGAAUGAACAUAGAAACCAGCAUUUUAGUUCGUUGGUCUAAUGCUGUGAUGUGAAUAUUAACCCUGAUGGAUGCAAUGGCAUUACUUUCGAUGGGUGGGAACAUACGAAUAUCAACCGCUUUGUUCGUGAUAGCUCUUUGGCUUUUCCUCUUUAAUGAGAAACAUGACUGCGAGUAACUAGAGUAAUUUAGCAGUGCACCAAACUUCCGUUCUCCUGCAGGGUUAUCCUCAUAGUUGAUAUAUUCCACGAUAUCUUAUUAUGCUGCCAAUCCCUGGAAAAAGUCUUGUUUUGAUCCACACAGUACACAUUCUUACUUCAAGUGAAUGUGCUAUCUGUAUGUAUGUGAACGAGUGAAACAAGACGAAGCUGGACAUAAGCGAUGAUUAGAAUCCGUGCAAACGUAGGUUUAGUUAUAAUAAGAUUAUUAAGAUUAAAAACUUAAUGGCUUCAUACAGCAAAAGAUAGGGUGGCACAGGAGAUACUGCUAUCGAACAAAUGAAUUUUCAUGGGGCAUCAUGAAAAUCAACUUGAAGUUAUUCAUAAUUUCUGCUGAAACUUUCAUCCGAAAACUUAAUGCAUUGAUUUUGUUGAUAGAAAAACCAUUUUUCUAUAUAGAUUUACAAAUUUAUUUUGUCUGAGUACCAGCCAGUACCUGGUCGUCAAUGUUCGCUACCGAUUGAGAAUGGAAAAAAAAUUUAUUCAAAUGUUCUACUUUGACAAUCUUUCUAUGAAAAUAACUACAACCAAGAAAAAUCUUUUUUUUUUAUUAAAUAAAAAUAUGUAGAUUAUUUUUUACGGAAGCAAAAUUGCGACUAGACUGAAAACUAUUCUAUUGACUUAGACAGCGUCGUAGGGAAAGCGAUGAUAUAAACACGUAGCUUGGAAGCCCAUAACACUCAAUGAUGGGUAAUAGCGACACGCAAGCAUCAAUACGACGCAUUGUAUUAAAGUGUACAUACGAGCAGAUAUGAGGAAGGAAGAAACCAAAAUAAAAAUACACAGACAAAAAUAUGUUUGUUUUUAUGUUAUACAGUUUAAUUUUGUCCAAGGCAAUUGCAGUCCAAAUAAUUUAAGGUAUGGCAUAGUCGAUACACACUUUCCAACUUUGUGUAGGAUGCGGGCAAUUUCGCACGAUUGAGUGUCAGAUCUGUCGAACAUUUGUCGAAUAUCUAGUAAUGUACAGGGAGCCGUAGCUGAAGCCGCAUAAGCCAAUGCCAGUCUAAAGCUGAAGUAAUACUAAUAAUGUGACCAACAAUAUAAAUAGAAGAUUAUCUAAAUAUAAUACGAAUAACGGAGUAUAAUAGAAUUUAUUGAAGGGAAAUGCCUUAAUAUUGACUUUACUGACCCUCGAUAGUAUGCUGAAAAUCGAAGUAUCUUGAAAUGAGUUAACUUCUGCCCACUUUUAGUGAGUCGAUGUUAUUAGAUACCUUUCUAUUAAAUCACUAUCCGGUAGGGUUGCCUAUAUAAAUGACCUCGAAAUAAAUUAUUAUACAAAUAAAGUACGACGGAUUAGAUCGGUUUCGAGUGAACAAGUUUAUUGCAACUGACCUCUGUAUGACAUAAAUACCUAUGUAACACAUAAACACUUGGAAAAGUUUAGUUAUUAUUUCAAUAUCUCGCUAAGCAUAAAAUAACUAAGGAAUGUGCAUACAUUGUUUUUGAGCCAAAUUCAGCCAAUGUCCAUCUAACCCUUAGCUCAUUAUCUUAAUUUAGAAGAUGAGAAUGAUCAAAUAAUAUAAAUUUGGCGUUAAUCGAUUAAUACACGUAAUUGAAUAUUCUCUAACCUUCAGUACUUUAUUGCAACUUCUAAUGACAUAACCUAUCGCUGCGCAGACAAUAGUAUGACAACAAAAAACUUUAAUUCUAUUGUUGUACCAAAAUUUCAGCCUCUGUCAUUAUAAGAGAAACGACUAAAUUUUUUUUAAUAAUAAUUGUUAUACCCCAACUACUUGAACUAAAAUUAUCGCCUCGCUUUCCUGCUUCGCACAUACGUCGCCCCUUGGCCGAAAAAAAGCGAUUCGACAAAUGGCGAAGAAAUCAAUGAAUGAACAUAAAAGGAAAAAUUUCACAAGUUAAUUAAGUAAAGCACACUAAAACAAGUUGAAAUAAUACCUAAUUUAGAAUAGAACACUGCGUAUAUGUAUUGUAUGAGCAACAGUUCUUUAAGAGUUGCAAAACAAAUUCGAAAAUUACGUUUGUAUUUCUCAUUUUAUAAUAAUCUAUUUGUAGGGCUACUAUUGAAGGGUGCGUACAUCAAAAAAGCACGGGAAGGGAUCUACUCCGAUUUUUUCACAAGUUAUAUCUUAUUAGAGAUCAUAAAACUUUAGCCCACUUUGGCCAAGUCUAAGAUAAGCAUCAGAUUUGCAGAAAAGAGUCGGUUUACUUCGUUAUCAAGCUUUUAUGGCUGCAUAAAACUAUUUAAAACGAAUUGGUAGACUAGGGAAAAGCGUCCUCAUGAUGAUGCAAUGUGUCCGUCCACUAAGUAUAACGAAAUGUAAACUGAAACGUUCGAAAGGGGGCGUAGACCCACUUUGUAUCAUGGUGGGAAAUUCCAGCCGUCGGAAGCCAUGUUAAUAUUGGACACAAAUUUCGAAUCACUCAGACUAGGGAAUUCGGUAGUUUGGAUCAAUAAGUCUCGAAUUAGAAGAGACUAAAGAUUGCAGUUUCAAUUCUUGCCAACAAUAUAUAGAUUGUACUCUACAGGUUGUGUAUAUAAAUAAAAAUGUAAACUGCAAAACAAUAAUUGACUUUAUUUUUAUAUCUCUAUAAUUAUAAAUUAAUCAUACUUUUAGUAAGUCUCGUGUAUCCAUACGAAUUUUACUUCAAUUACGUAAGUUGUAACAACAACGUACACCUAGACAAUGCUCUCUGAAGUUUCAAGUCCUUUAAAAUGAAAUCAUAAAAUAAUACUCAAUAGUGCGUUUUAAUUAUUUGACAUAAUUAUAUCCGAUUAGUAGCAUAAAAAGGUGUGUUUUUUUCAGUGAAAAAAUGGUACAGAAUUUCUUAAAUUAUAUAUCAUAAACUAACCAAUAGCGUCUAAAAAAGCUAUACUCAUUUUCAGCAACGUUAUAGUUCUUAUGAGAAAGCGGUAUCUGGUAGCUGUUCUUAUGGUUCACAAACAUUUUGACAUCUUACAUAUGACAUGGGUAAACAAGUGAACCUACAAUGUGUACAAAUGCCCCCCAACGCAACCAUUUUGGUACCUAAUUUUCAACAGUCGACGAGAACGAAAUGGCGCCACUCUCGCCCCUACACCAUAAAUAAUUAUAUUUUUGAGAGAUAAAUCAACAGAGCUGUACGCUAAAGCAAAAUUCAACGAAAUCGAUGAACCCGGUUCCGAGAUGAUUCCGAAAGGAUGAUACGCUUUUAGAUGAUUCAGUAUCAAUGUACUAAUAUUUUUGUGCUGGGUUGGCCCUCACAUUAGUCGAGUGACUCUGAGGUCCCUUUAGACAGUGUUACGAUAUUGUAAAACUGUCAAGUAGUCCCGCUCUAAGUACUACUCCAUAUUUAAAACUAUUUAUCGUUGCAAGUAACAGCCUCCCACCGCUUCCAUCUCUGAAUAAUGAGCCGUAUGAUCAUACAAGGCCCACUGCCACUCUCAUGAGAGAGAUCCAUCCGCGGCUUACGGUUUCUUGAAUAGCUCUGAUUCCAACGAUUCCGUUCCCACCUAGCCAAAGGAGCCUAGGCUCAAUUCUGGUUUUGCUCUACCUUAUUCCAGUUGUAGACAACGUCAGUAGCAACACAUUAUAGUAUAGCAACACAUUUAAGUAGAAACAAAGCUAUAUCGUAAACAGAGGCACUAACAAUAUCGCUUAGUUCAAUAGCGAACAAAGAAAACAAAAAGCUUCUCUUUUGCU